ACACAUCCUGUUUCCGCAGGUUCGAAAAUGGAAGGAGUCUGGAUCGAAGAUGAAAAUGUGCACGGCACGCCCAGGGUGGCAAACUAUGAGCUUUCGAAGACCAAUGUACAAACAAUCUUCCUAUCAGAUCAAUUGCAAUCUCGUAGACAUUUUGGAUGUCGAUACCAAUCGCAAGGUUGUUCGCGUUGAGCCACUAGUUAACAUGGGUCAACUCUCAGAAACUUUGGCACCGCUUGGAUGGACUAUCCCAAUUGUACCUGAACUUGAUGAUCUGACCGUUGGUGGUUUGGUUAUGGGAACUGGCGUAGAAUCCAGCUCGCACAUCUAUGGACUCUUCCAACACAUUUGCUUAUCGUACGAGCUGGUGCUAGCUGAUGGAAGCGUGGUCAAGUGUUCAGAAACGGAAAACUCUGAUCUUUUCUAUGCUGUUCCGUGGUCGUAUGGAACGCUAGGAUUAUUAACGGCCGUUGAAAUUAAAAUUAUUCCGGCAACAAAAUACAUUCGCUUGACUUAUGAACCAGUUGUUGGUCGCCAGAAUAUUGUCGAUAAAUUCGAAAGUGCUUGCCGAGAUACGAAGAAGAAUCACCACGUCGAAGGACUGCAGUAUACUCUCGACGAAGCUGUAAUUAUGACCGGUGAAAUGGUCCAAGACAGUGAGGUCGAACUGGACAAGGUUAACGAUAUUAGUAAAUGGUACAAACAAUGGUUCUUUGUGCACGUACGUGACAUUCUAAAACGCCGAGAAAAGACUUUCGAAUAUAUUCCUCUGCGGGAAUACUAUCAUCGCCACUCGAGAGCUUUGUUCUGGGAAAUUCAGGACAUUGUACCAUUUGGAAACAACAUCAUCUUCCGCUACCUGUUCGGUUGGUUAUUGCCAGUGAAGGUUUCUCUAUUGAAGCUCACUCAAACUGAAACGGUGAAGAAAAUGUACGAAAACAAUCACAUCAUCCAGGAUCUGCUGGUUCCGACCAGCACUAUGAAGAACUGUUGCGAAGAGUUCGAUCGGCUAGUGAACGUCUACCCUAUAUGGUUGUGUCCAUUCAUGUUGCCCAACAAUCCCGGUAUGCUCCAGCCAGCCAGGGGAAUGGAAAGUGAUCUCUACGUGGACAUUGGUGUCUACGGUGUACCGAAAGACCGUCGGUUUCAUCCGGUGCAGACAACCCGUGCGAUCGAAGACUUGGUUGAAAAUAGCAAAGGCUUCCAGAUGUUGUACGCCGACACAUAUCGCACCCGCGAGGAAUUCCGCCGCAUGUUCGACCACGGACUAUACGACAAAAUGCGCCUGAAGUACAAAUGUGAGGGCGCUUUCCCAGAAGUUUACGAUAAGGUCAACAAGAAUGUUCGGGAUUAAAUAAAAAAAAACUAGAGAAUAUUGUUCUUUUGCAUUUAAUUAUAGUCUACUAAAAUACGUCGUUUUUAAUUUUCUUGAUAUAAGUAAUAGCAAUUUUCUGUGUUAUCAGCAUGCAAAAAUAUUACUAUUCUAUUUGUGGAAUUUGAAUU